AUGGCUAGCCCGCCAGUUCUAGCUUUCGAUGCCGAGGGCCGUCCAGUGAAGUUCGAAACCUGGCUAGAUGACCUGCACCUGUUCCUACAGCUCACUGCCAAGGAAGAUAUCUCACUGUACGACCACGCCCUAGGCCAUGCCACUGCCCCUAACUCAACUGCUGACAGCACUCUGCGUUCCCAGUGGCAGACCCGUGAUGCGCACACUCGCUUUGCUAUUCGCAACUCCCUGCCGCUAGACGAGCGCGAGCACUUCGGCCAGUGCAAGACCGCUAAGGACCUCUACACCGCUGUAGUUGCCCGCUACUCCUCGCCCGCUUCUGCCACGCUAGGCCGCCUCACUCUCCCCUACCUGUUCCCCGACCUAGCCUCCUUUCACACUGUCGCAGACCUCAUCACCCACCUUAAGACUAGUGAGGCCCGCUUUCGCGCUGCUAUGCCUGCCGAGUUUCUCACUAGCAACCCCCCCCCGCUCUGGAUCACUCUCUACCACAUCGUCACCCGCCUUCCUGACUCUCUGCGCGCAGUCAGGGACCACUUCCUCUCUCGCUCCCCCACUGAGCUCACUGUUGCCCUCCUUGAGAAGGAACUGCUUGCAGCUGAGGCGAGCAUCGUCGCUGUAGGCACCUCUCGUGGCGACCCCCGCACCCCGUUCUUUGAGGGGUGUUCCCCUUCCCCCCUCCUCCCCUCUGUCGCCUCUGCUGCUGCUGUCGACCUUCUUGGUGCUGAGAAGGUCGGGACCGCGUCUGCUUCGAGUGGGCGCCGCAGGAACAAAGGGGGCAGGGGUGGGGGUGGCGGCGGAGGAGGUGGGGGUGGAGGCGGUGGGAGUGGAGGCGCGGCUGGGGAGACUAGUGGCGGCAGUGGGGGAGGAGACAGCAGCGGUGGGAGUGGUGGUGGAGGCGGCAGCGGAGGCGGAGGUGGUCGUGGCGGCGGCAGGGGUGGAGGUGGCCGGGGCGGCGGCGGUGGGGGUGGUGGUCGUGGAGGCACUGGCGGAGGGCAGAGUCAGCAGCCCGCCCCGACGCUUCAGGCCGCCCGUGAGUGGUAUGCGCAGCGUAGCUUUACCUGCACGUACGUCAUUCGCACAGGUGACCGCAGCGGCCAGCAGUGUGGGAGGCCGCACCCCACGCAGCGCUGCUUCGCGCGCCUUAACGACGCGUGGCGCACUCAGUUUCCUGCUGCCACUGAGCUGCCGCGCUGGGCUGAUCUGGAAAAGAGGGGUGUUGAUAUUUGGGCUUUAGACUUUGAUGCUAUUCUCACUGCCAUGUAUGCGAUGUCUAUUAGUGGAGAGGGUGCUCAGUACUUGCGUGUUCCGCCCGACCCGGGCAUUCAGGCCAGUCCGGCUGCCGCUCUAGGUGCUAGUGCGUCUCCUCCCACAGGUCCUGGUGGGGCUGCAGCCCUAGGUGCUCGUGCGUCCGUGCCCCCUGGUACUGAGUCGACUGCAGCACUGCACACCUUCACCCUGGACUCAGGUGCUUCUCGCUCUUUCUUUCGUGACCGCACUGUCCUUGAGCCACUCGCUCGGCCAGUUGCUGUCUCCCUUGCUGACCCCUCUGGGGGUCCGGUCAUUGCGACCUCCUCCACUGUCCUUCCUUGUCCGGCGGUCCCGUCCGGCACGCUGUCAGGUCUCUACCUCCCCUCGUUCUCUACGAACUUGGUGGCAGGUAGUGCGCUCCAGGACGGGGGUGUUCACCAGUUCACCCCCGCCUACGAGCGCGUGACACACUUCACGUGUGCUCGGACGGGUCGCCACCUGGCUACCUUCACUCGGGAGCCGGGGUCGGACCUUUACACACUGACCACUGUGUCCCCUCAGGUAGCUGCGUCCGCGUCUGCGUCUGCGUCAGGUCAGCUGUCCGCCCCCUGCUCGUGUCGCUCUCUGGCGCAUGAGACUGUCCUUUGGCACCACCGCCUUGGUCACCCGUCUGUGCAGCGCCUUCGGGCCAUGCACAAACGGGACCUUGUUGCUGGUCUUCCCAGGGUGCUCCCUCCCCUUCCAGCCUCGCCUGCUCCUCCCUGUCUUCCCUGUGUCGAGGGGCGGCAGCGCGCCGCUCCUCACUCCUCCUCCUUUCCCCCGACGACUGCUCCUUUGCAGACGCUCCACAUGGACGUGUGGGGCCCAGCCCGCGUCCGUGGCCAGGGUCAGGAGAGGUACUUCCUGAUUGUUGUUGACGACUUCUCGCGCUACACCACGGUCUUCCCCUUGCGCACCAAGGGUGACGUCCCUGAUGAGGGCAUUGAGCAGUCGUUCACGCUUCCGGCCUCUCCACAGCAGAAUGGGGUUGCUGAGCGCCGCAUUGGCUUGGUCAUGGAGGUCGCUCGUACCUCCUUGGUUCAUGCGGCUGCCCCCCACUUUCUGUGGCCGUUUGCAGUCCGAUACGCUGCGCAUCAGCUCAACCUCUGGCCCCGUGUCUCCUUGCCCGAGACUUCUCCGACACUGUGUUGGACGGGAGAGGCUGGCGAUGCGUCGCGUUUUCGGGUCUGGGGAUCCCGAGCUUUUGUCCGCGACACGUCCGCGGACAAGCUCUCCCGUCGCGCUGUCCCCUGCGUCUUCCUUGGCUUUGUCCCGGACGCCCCUGGUUGGCAGUUCUACCACCCCACCUCGCGGCGUGUCCUGGCCUCUCAGGACGUCACUUUUGACGAGUCCGUCCCCUACUACCGCCUCUUCCCCUACCGCACUGCCCCGCUCCCCCCCCCGCCUCUCUUCCUGGCUCCAGGUGCUGAGGUACCAGACCCCCUCCCCCCUCAGGGUGCCGCUCCCUCAGGUGUGUCCCAGGUAGACCCGGGUGAGCCUGUCGAGGUAGCUGUUGACUCUCGUCCUGCGUCUAGGGGUGCUGAGCCUGGGGGUGCUGAGCCUGGGGGUGCUGCGUCUGGGGGUGCUGAGCCUGGGGGUGCUGAGCCUGGGAGUGCUGAGUCUGGGGGUGCGGAGCCUGGGGGUGCUGAGCCAGGAGGUGCGGAGCCUGGAGGUGCGGAGCCUGGAGGUGCUGAGCCUGGGGGUGCUGGGUCUGGGGGUGCUGCGUCUGGGGGUGCUGAGCCUGAGCGUGCUACACCUGGAGGAGCCCUCUCCUCCCAGCAGCUGCAGGAGAGGUACCUCGAGUACUGCCGCCUUCGGAGAGGUGCUGCUGGAGCUCGUCCCGGUACUUCCCCUCCUACCCAGGAGCUCCCCCCCAUUCAGCAGAUCCGCGAGUGGUACACACGGCGCUGCAGUCUUCGGAGUGGUGCUCCUGGUGCUGCGGACCCUGGGGGUGGCGCUGCUGCUGGUGCUGAGGACCCGGACGUGGGAGCUGCUGCUGGUGCUGCGGACCCGCCUGGUGGAGCUACUGCUGGUGCUGAGGACUCGGACGUUGGAGCUGCUGCUGGAGCUGAGGACCCGGGUGGUGGCGCUGCUGCUGGUGCUGAGGACCCGGACGGUGGAGCUGCUGCUGGUACUGAGGACUCGGACGGUGGAGCUGCUGCUGGAGCUGAGGACCCGAGCGGUGGAGCUGCUGCUGCUGCUGAGGACCCGGGCGUUGGAGCUACUACUGGUGCUGAGGACCCGGCCGGUGGAGCUGCUGCUGGUACUGAGGACCCGGCCGCUGGAGUCUCCUCUGCUUCUGGAGACGCUGCGCGGCCGCGACCGUACUUCGUACCGCUCCUUCAGCAGGUUCUUGGGCAGGCUCCUCCUCCUUGUCCUCCUCCCUCCGUAGAGUGUCCUCCGCCUGUCCAGCCGCAGUCACAGUUACCGCCUACCUCGCCUCUCCCUGCUCCCUCUCCUUACACUGGUCCCACAGGAGGUCUUACAGAGCGUCGUGAGCCUGAGUCUCGUCCUGCGUCGCCUGUUCGUCCUGCUCGCACUGGUAGUCGUGUCCGUCGUGAGCGUCCUCCUGCUGUCCCAGGCACUCACUACAUGACUCUGCGUCCCUCUACUGCUCCUCAGCGUGUCCCUCUACCGUCUCCUCCUGCGUCCUCUUUGCCUCACGUUCCGGACCCUGAGUCUGACCGGUACCGUGCUGAGCACCCUACUGUCACGCGUCUCCUCGCUACUGUUGUCACUGACCCUACCUUUGAGUCCUCGACUGCGUCUGCUCUGGUCGCUGAGUUGGUUGACUUUGCUGCUGCCUGUCGUCUAGACUACGCUGCUAGCCUUGUUGCUGAGUCUGAGUCUGAGUCUGUCUGUCCUCCGUCCGUCGGGGGUGAGUGUGCUCUUGGCACGGACGUCCUUGAGGACAGACAGGAGGAGUUCCAGUGUCUUGCUGCUGCUUUGCCCCGUCUCGUGUCCUUGCUAGUUGCCCCUGAGGGAGACCCGGAUGCACCAGACAUCCCGACCCCGCGCACUUACGCUGAGGCGAUGGCGGGUCCCUACUCCUCUCAGUGGCAGACAGCCAUGGACGCCGAGAUGGCUUCCUGGAAGUCCACACGCACCUACGUCGACGAGGUUCCCCCUCCUGGGGCGAACAUCGUCAGUGGCAUGUGGAUUUUCAGGGUGAAGCGGCCGCCGGGUUCUCCGCCUGUCUUCAAGGCGCGUUACGUGGCUCGAGGCUUCAGUCAGCGAGAGGGAGUUGACUUCUUCCAUACCUUCUCCCCCACCCCGAAGAUGACUACUCUUCGGGUGCUGCUGCACAUAGCCGCUCACCGCGACUACGAGCUUCACUCACUUGACUUCAGCACUGCUUUUUUGCAGGGCAGCCUGCACGAGGAGAUCUGGCUGCGACGCCCACCUGGCUUCACUGGGUCGUUUCCUCCUGGUACCCAGUGGAGGCUUCAGCGGCCGGUCUACGGUCUCCGCCAGGCUCCGCGUGAGUGGCACGACACACUGAGGACUACACUUGCGGCUCUUGGGUUCGCGCCUUCUACAGCUGACCCGUCGCUGUUCCUGCACACCGACACUUCGCUGCCGCCGUUCUACAUCCUCGUGUACGUCGACGACUUGGUCUUUGCCACUGCUGACACUGCAGGACUCGCCUACGUGAAGUCGGAGCUGCAGAGGAGACACACGUGCACAGACCUGGGUGAGCUGACAAGCUAUCUUGGCUUGCGGAUCACCCGGGACAGAGCACGGCGCACCAUCACCCUGACUCAGUCACACAUGGUGCAGCAGGUUCUCCAGCGCUUCCGCUUCACGUACUCCUCGCCUCAGUCCACUCCUCUGCCUACCGGUCACUCGCUCUCAGCUCUGCCUUCGGAUGAGUCCGUAGAGCCGAGUGGCCCGUAUCCAGAGCUUGUGGGCUGCCUCAUGUACGUGAUGACCUGCACUCGACCUGACCUUGCAUACCCUCUUAGCAUCCUUGCACGCUAUGUCGCUCCUGGCCGUCACAGGAAGGAGCACAUGGAUGCCGCUAAGAGGGUGUUGCGCUACUUGUGCAGUACGUCGGGCAUGGGGCUUGUGCUUGGAGGGCGAGACCGAGUUGUUCUCACAGGGCACUCAGACGCUUCUUGGGCAGACGACCAGGCCACUCAGCGGUCGUCUCAGGGUUACACCUUCAGCCUUGGCUCUGGCUCAGUUUCUUGGUGCUCUACACGCUCUUCUUCUGUUCUCGGCUCCAGUUGCGAGGCUGAGAUCUACGCUACAGCCAUGGCUGCCCAGGAGCUACGCUGGCUGACCUACCUGCUGACCGACCUCGGAGAGCCGCCUCGUUCUCCUCCAGUACUGUACGUCGACAACAAGGCUGCCAUUGCCUUGUGUGAGGAGCACAGACUGGAGCACAGAACGAAGCACAUCGCCCUGCGGUACUUCCUUGCUCGUGAGCUGCAGCAGCGCGGUCAGCUUUGUAUUCGCUACGUGGCCACUGAGGCCAACACUGCUGAUGUGUUCACCAAGGCGCUUCAGCCUCGUGACCAUCAGCGCUUCUGCACUCUACUGGGCCUUGUGCCUACUGGACCUCACUUACUUACCUCUUGA